CAAACAACAGUGACGAAGGCGGAAGUGUUUUGCAUCUUUUUGAGCUGUGGUGUGUUUGAUCAACAUGACUGAGACGAAAGACAAAAAUAUUAGCGAUAUUCCGAUCGAUGGAUUCAGCAAAGUCCGUAUUACAUCAGUGUGGACCUUUCUACAGUCUGUUGACUGGUCUGAGUCCUGGCUGAUAGGUCUCGUAGCGUUUCAUGUCAUUUGUUUGGCUGUCACCAUCCUGUGCCGCAAGUACUAUCGACUCCAGAUCUGCCAGUUUCUCUUGAUGGUUGCUAUGGUUUACAGCGCAGAAUAUCUGAAUGAGCUUGCAGCAAUGAACUGGAGGUCUUUUUCGAGGUUUCAGUACUUUGAUUCGAAAGGAAUGUUCAUAUCAUUGGUAUACUCAGUCCCGCUCUUGCUCAACACAAUCAUUAUUGUGGCUUUUUGGGUAUGGGGGACCUUUUCGACCAUGAUUGAAUUGAAGACGCUGCAAUUGAAGAAAAGAGCUGCCAAACAGAAGAAUAAGAAAACCCAGUAGAGAGACCGUACAUGAGCUGGACAAGUGGUGAAAGGGGGCGGAUGGCGUUCUCAUUGAGAAUAAACCAUUGAGAUCUUAUUGAAAUCAUAAGAAAUAUGCAGGUCGGGAGGGUCUUAAAUCAGUAAACAGUAAACACAACAUGAAAGAUGCAACUUUAUGUAACACAUUGAACAAAGGUAGAUUAUAUUAUACAACUGCUUUGUGUAAAUAUACCAUUUCAGAUAUGUUUGUUGUUAUUAACAUUUUUAAAAAACACCACCUUUCUUUGAGUAUUUGUGAUGAACAUGUAAAUUGUACAUUUAUGUCAAUAAACCAAAUGUGUGUUUU